AUUUGGUAUAAAUAUGAUAGCAGAGAAAACUUUUUACCACUCUUCCAAUUUUCACAGCAACAUCAUUAUAGUUUCAACCAAAUUGAAAUUGAAAUCAAACUACCAUGGAUGAUCAAGUGUCUGGUAAUUUAAAGUUUCAUAACGCAUGUGUAAGAGUUGUCGGCGAGGAAGGUGUUGUAGAUCAACCGAACAAGCGAAGGAAACUUGAUUUUGUGGCAGGGAAUCGUCGUUCGUUAGUGUGGGAACACUUUGAUAUAAUGACUGAUAAAGGGAGAUUGCACGCACAAUGCAAGUAUUGUGAAAGUACCAAUUACAGGGCUGAAGGCCAUUAUGGUACAUCAAAUUGUAGAAAGCAUCUUAAAACUUGCAAAGCAUAUAAAAAUGUGCUAAACAAGAAGUUGUUAGCUAAGAAUACUGAUCGUGUUAGUGAAUUUGAUGAGCAAGUUUACUGUAAAUUGUUUGCGGAAGCAAUAGUGUCGCAUGAUUACCCUUUGAGUAUUGUCGAAAAUGAGGAGUUCAGGAAGUUGCUUGCGUAUUUGAAUCCGAAGAUUAACACCCUUUCUAGCAGCACUAUUAAAAAAAAUGUUGAAGCUUUGGUUACUUCUCGAAAUGGGUUAUCUGGUUGUAAAGAGGUGAAUGAAGAUAGAGUUAUUGUUGUCAAAUAUACUGAUGCGGAUGCUGAGUUGUCGGACUGUUGUAGCGUCUUCAAUUGAUUUUCUUAAAUCUGAUUAACAAUUAGUACUUAGUAGUUGAUGUUUUGAAGUAAUCAGAACAGAUAAUUAUGGACUAUGAAGGAUGGUGCAGCUUGAGAAUAAUUCUGCUGCUCAAAUGCAGAUAUGAUCAGUCGAAAACCUAUGGUGUGUCGAUCGUUUUCCCUCGAGUUAAAUCUGGAGUUCAAGAUACAAACAAAGCUUAUUUUUGAGAGCAUUGAUGUAGAGCUACUUAUAGCUAGCGAACAGCAACCUCUUGUUUUAGUUUUGCUUGUGGAUCUGGUGUUUUUGGUCAUUGACUCAUUGUAGAUAUGUUGUCUCUUAAUUUAAUGGUAUUUCAGUUGCUCUA